CCAAAUCAAAUACAUGAAGCGAAUGGCACUGAAUGGCCAUUAUUAGAUCAUUGUUUGGUGUAUUAUUAAGAACAUCAGUUGUUACUGAGGACGUCCUGACUUAUUCGCGAUUGACCCACCAUACAGUUUCUUACUUUACUUCAACCAAUCGGAGAGGAAAACAGAAUAAUAUGACUUCCAAAUCUAAGAAAGUUCAGCCCCCAUGGAAGGUACCUGAGGGAACUGAGGUCCCCAGACUGAAGCUUUAUAACAGUCUGACAAGACAGAAGGAGGAGUUUGUCCCUCAGAAAGGUCGACGUGUCCUCUGGUACAGCUGCGGCCCCACAGUGUACGAUUACUCCCACAUGGGGCACGCCCGGUCAUAUAUUUCUAUAGACAUUCUCAGGAGAGUCCUCCAGAAUUACUUCAAGUACGAUGUCUUCUACUGCAUGAACAUCACAGAUAUUGAUGACAAGAUCAUUAAGAGAGCUCGACAGAACUACUUGUAUGAGGAAUACCAGAAGAAGGACAUGGCUGUGUCUAAGAUACUGGAAGAUGUGGAUGCUGCAAUGAAGCCCUUCUUAGUCAAACUAGAACAAGAACAGGACCCAGAUAAGAAAGCCAUGUAUGUCAGGAUAAAGACCAAGGUCGAAACAGCUGUGUCAGAGGUCAAGGCCAGUCAAGAUGGAGUCAAGGCCAAAGAGAGGCUAUAUGUAGAUGGCAGAGACAUCCUUUGUGAUUGGCUGGAUAAGUUACAUGGGUCAGAGGUUACAGACAACUCCAUAUUUGCCAAUUUGCCACGGUUUUUUGAAGAAGACUACCAUAAAGACAUGGAAUCUUUAAAUGUUCUGCCUGCUGAUGUCCUCACUCGAGUCAGUGACUACGUCCCAGAAAUUGUUGACUACAUCAAGAAAAUCAUUACAAAUGGCUUUGGUUACGAGUCCAAUGGCUCCGUGUACUUUGACACUGCGGCCUUUGAUGCUGCUGAAGGUCACACUUACGCCAAGAUUGUCCCAGAGGCUUACGGAGACAAGGCAGCCCUCAAUGAAGGAGAAGGUGAACUGAGUGUGUCGGUAGAGAGACAGGAAGAAAAAAAGAACUCUACAGACUUUGCCCUGUGGAAGGCCUCCAAACCGGGAGAGCCCUCCUGGGACUCCCCCUGGGGAAAGGGACGUCCAGGUUGGCACAUUGAGUGCUCAGUGAUGGCCAGCAGCAUACAGGGAGAAUCUCUAGACAUACACACAGGAGGGUUUGAUCUCAGAUUUCCACAUCACGACAAUGAGCUUGCUCAAGCAGAGGCAUAUUUCAACAAUGAUCACUGGGUGCGGUACUUCCUCCAUGCUGGUCACCUGACCAUUGAAGGCUGCAAGAUGUCUAAAUCCUUAAAGAACUUCAUCUCCAUCAAGGAGGCCCUGAAAAAGCACACAGCACGACAGUUACGUCUGCUCUUCUUACUUCAUCAAUGGAAGGAUACGCUGGACUACGGGGAAAACAGUAUGGAGAUAGCCAUCAGAUACGAGAAGAUGGUCAAUGAAUUUUUCCUGAAUGUGAAGAACUUGUUAAGGACCACUCCUGGCACAGGUAUAGAAGCAUUUGAAAAGUGGUCCUCAGAAGAAAUGGAGCUUAACAACAGGUACUUUGCUACAAGAGAUUCUGUGCAUGAAGCACUCUGUGAUAAUGUCAACACAAGGGCCGCCUUGGACCAGCUGAGAGAGUUGAUUGGAAUAGCCAAUGUCUACAUGGCCAACUCCAGGGCUGUUAACAAGACACCCAACAGAAUGAUCCUCAAAAACAUAGCAGCCUACAUCACCGAACUUUUCAAGAUAUUUGGAGCCAUUGAAACAGAUGAAGAGAUAGGGUUCCCUCAGUCCAGCACACAAAAUGUCAAUGUCGAAGAAACGGUGAUGCCUUUCCUAACAGCCUUCGCUCAGUUCAGAGAGGAUGUAAGGACCAUAUCCAGAGAGCAGAAAGCCACAGAAAUCCUGAAGCUGUGUGACAAUCUGAGAGAUGAUGUCUUACCAAACCUCGGGGUAAGGCUGGAGGAUGGAAUAUCCCCUCCCACCAUCAAACUGGUAGACCGGGAAACCCUGAUGAAAGAAAGGGAGGAGAAACUUAAGCAAGAGGAGUUGAAGAGACAAGAAAAAGAGAAAAGGAAACAAGAAAUGGAGGCAAAGCUUGCCCAAGAGAAGAUACCUCCUUGGGAGCUGUUCAAGAAAGAGACUGAUAAAUAUUCACAGUUUGAUGACAAGGGAAUUCCUACACAUGAUGCAGAGGGAAAAGAAUUAUCCAAGGGACAGAUUAAGAAGUUAGCCAAACUGUAUGAAAAGCAAGAAAAGACGUACAAUAAACACAUGGCUAAUGCAGAAAAUAAAAGUGGAUCUUAACCAGUACUACACUCAUCUAGACUUUGGCUGUUGACUUUAAUUUAUUGUUUUCUACCUUCAAAACACAACAUAGACUUGACUUUUGAGAAUUUUUUAGCAGAACUAGAGCACCAAUUGUUAGUAUCUCUUAAGUGACUCUCUAUAGUGUAAUUUUAACAGUAAAUGCAUGUCAUAUUUUGCAUUAAUGGUAUAUUUUAAAGAUUAAAAUGCAAAGUGAUAUACAGUUAUCUUUCCAAUAGCCAUGUUGUUUUGAAUCAGAGCUCAUCGUUAACUGUUGUGAAAUAAACACACUGCUAUAAUAUACACAUAUUUGUAUGGUCAAAGUGAUAAAAACUGCCAACCUAAAUACUAUGUCAGGUAUACAGAGUUGUAUUUUAUUUCUGCAGUUUGAUCUAGUUUAUAUUUAUGUGGUAUUUUUGUGAAGUUUACAUUUUUUAUUUGUCAUGCUUUUCUGUGCUUUACAUAUAAUUGAUGUUCAAAAUGAUAUGAAUAAUAAGUUAACUUAAUUCAUUUUCAAUGUGCUGUCAGAAGCUGUUUUCAUAUGUGAUAAAUAUUUAAGAUCAUCUAAUAAAAGGGAUGAGGUAUAAA